CAUUUACCCUCCUCUCGCUGGAACAGACUGACAGGACUUUUUAGGGACCGGGAGAGAGGAUUUAGUUUAGGCGGUUGCUGGUGAGGACCUGAGGACUUCAGGCUCCAGGACGAGGGACAAAGAAGAUCUAGGAACAUGAAAAUAGGAGCUGCAGCUUUGGCUGGGGGGACUUUUGGGGUGGUGGGCACCCUGUGUUUCCUCGUGGCCUUCAGUACCGACUACUGGCUGGUGGCCGUAGCAGACUGUAACUCAGAUGAGGACACCAAACCCCACCCAACAAGGGGCAAAGACGCUAACAGGACAACGAUCCAGCCACACGAAGCCGCAGCUGUUGCUCCUUCGUGGCUCACUCUGCACCACGAGGGGUUUUUCAGGCGCUGUAUGUAUCCAGUGGAGCCCACGACGCCGGCGCUCCUGGCCUCAUUCAUCACCUCGCCUGUUCAAACUGCAGCAAACCCGCUGGGGGCUAAGGUGUGUUUCCGUGGUUACCUCUUCCCGCUGCCAGUCGCACUUGGACACGUGCCUGAGACGGUUUAUGAUGCUACUGCAGUGUUCCGAGGGCUCUGGACCGUCCUGAUCGUAGUCGGGCUGCUCUCCGCUCUGACCGGAGGCCUCCUGCUGGUCUGCGGCGUUCCCUUCAUCAGCAGCAAACUGUACCGGCUGGGCGGGGCGUUCCUCAUCGCUGCCGCCGUCCUGCUCCUGCUCCUGCUGCUGUUCUUCGUACUCUGGAUGGAGGCGGUGGACGUGAGCAGCUAUGUCCUGCAGAAGGUGAGGGAAGAUUGUCCGGACGCCGCGGUCUCCGUACACUACGGCCUCUCCUUCAUGGCGGCCGCCGCCGGUGUUCCCCUAGAGGUCCUGUCCGGGCUGCUGUUCCUGCUGGUGGGCCGCACGCUGAGCGCCGGCAGAUGAGCCGAGCGAGCGGCCGGCCAGAGAGACGAGAAGGGACACAUUUUAUUGUGGAACACGCAGUGCCAUGCAAAAGUUUUCACACUUUUUCACUUUUUUUGUUUUUUUCCACAUUACAGCCACAAACAUCAAUGUAUGUCAUUUGGGAUUUGGGAACUACUUUUUGAUUUAGCUGCAAGUCUUCUGGACCUUCACCUUCUUCAAAUGAAGUGGAAUUGGUGUUAAAUAUUUUGUAAUUUUAUAGAUAUUAUUCAGUGUUUCCAGAGAGGUCAUCCAAGGUCAAAGAGUCCCCGCGUCUACAGAAUCAAGGAAAUUUGGUGUCAAUCAGCUGUACUGCAACAUUUUUUACAAAUAUAACACAAUUAAAUUUAUCAGUUUUGUUUGCUAAUUUAUUUUAUUUCCUUUAUUUAACUGGGUAAAAACCCCACUGAGAUCCAAAUCUCAUUUUUAACAGAGAACUGGGCAGAAAUCUGCAACACACAACAACCUGGUUACA